GAGAACGAAGAAGAAAGAGGUCUCUCUCUCUCUCUCUCUCCCACCCUCUCUCUCUCUUAUUGCUAAUCGAAUGCUUCUCUAGGUCACAAGUUUACUUCGUUGAUCUCGGUCAUUGAAACAAAGAAGACACUCUAGAACCAAAUUUUGUAUACUCGUGGAUAUAGUCGACUGAUAUGAAGCAUAGGAAGAUUCCUACCGUCAAUCAACUCAUUGGCAAACUAAAGAGUGGCUAUGAGUUUUUAUCUCAGAUUCAACGACUUCCUCCAUCUCGAUAUAAUUUUGUGGCUACUAUUCUCGGGGUGGGAGUGGGAGUGGCUGGGUUGUUCAUGGCACUGCAGAAUUGUAAAAAUAGUCAUUUUGGUAUACCAUGGGUAUCUCAGCGGAAGGAUUCUUCAGAGAGAAUAUUUUAUGUUGGAGGUCUCCAAAAUCUUGGAAAUAAUUGUUUCCUGAAUGUAAUCUUACAGGCACUUGCUAGCUGUAGCAGUUUCCUUCCCUUUCUCCAGAAUGUGCUUGAAACUGACGAAUUAAAUGAAGAAGAGGUUGAAAGAAUGCCCCUUAUAGUUGCUUUGUGUUCAUUGCUAGAAGAGCUAUGUAUUAUUCAUGAUGAAAGAACUGUUCUAAAUCCACGAAGAGUGAUGUGCGCUUUAAGCUUAUACACGAACAACUUCAAUUUAACAAGACAGCAGGAUGCUUCAGAAGCUUUUAUUCAUCUCUUGUCGUCACUGAAGAAUGAGAGCUCCCAUAAUUACGUGCCACACAGUAGUUCUCUAGCCAACAUUACCUCUUCUUCCUCCAGGAUAUAUAACCGAAAGGCAGGAGACCAGCAUGAAUUUCAGAGAUGGAGACAAAUUCUUUUUGGUCCAUUUGAUGGCACCAUUGGAAGCAUAUUAACUUGCAGAAGUUGUUCAUCUCUGCUUUCAGUUUACUUUGAGAGUUUCCACUGCUUGCCACUCUCACCUGUGCUGGAUAGAAGUGAAAAUAUUAUUGAUGGAUGUACUUUGACGGAUUGUCUGAAGCAUUUUACUGCUGUAGAGCAUCUAGAAAGCUACCAUUGCAGUCGAUGCUGGCAUAUCGCUGUCAUAAAGCACUUAUCCCUUAAAUCAGAAAAAGACGAGGAAAAAAUAAAUAAGCUUAGCAGCUGUGUGAACCAUGAUUCUUGCAGUUGCAGGGAUCUUUUCCAUAAGGAAGAAAUAACAUGGUCUGGGUUUUCACAUGCUUCAAAGCAGUUAAUUAUUACAUGUUAUCCUCAGAUUCUGUGCAUCUAUAUUCAACGCGCUUCAAUGAAUAUAAGUGGUGAAUUUGUAAAGCGGCAGGGACAUAUUUCUUUCCCUUUGUUCCUCGACCUCUUACCAUUUAUGGCAGUUGCAUCAACUCUGGUGCAAGAAACUUCAAUGGAGAAUAUGAAGAACCAGUGGACGGGGCGACAGCAAGAAUUUGCCCUUCAACAAAGUCAAAUAAAUAAGCAACUGACUAUGCAAAUGCUUCCUCCUAUAUUCAGAAUUAUAGAACAAACUGCUUCAGUUGAAGCCUUGUUAAGAAAUAAUUCAGAAAAGUCAACUAACCAUUCAGAUGGCGAUUCUGAUGUUAAGUAUAAUCUGGGGAUCAGCAAGGAAGAUGCAGUUCAUGGAAGCAAGGUGGUUUCUUCCGGUCUUGACCUUCCCUUUGUUUGCUCUGUGGAAGAAGCGGGAUCUUGUGAAAAGGAAAAUGCCAUUGAAACUGGUGAUGCAGUCACUUCAAAGAGUUCCAUGUACCGCCUAUCUUCUGUGGUCGAGCACUAUGGGAGGUAUGGUGGUGGCCAUUAUGCGGCUUAUAGGAGAGCAAUGAGCGACUCUUUGGCGGAACCAAUAGAAGGGAAUUGUCUUUGGUUUUAUACAUCGGAUCGUGAAGUAUCACAAGUGUCCGAGGAAACUGUUCUUGCUGCAGAAGCCACCCUCCUUUUCUAUGAAAGAAUAUAGUCUUGUCUCCGGUAUGGUGUCACUUUAGAGAUAAUUGAAAUAUACCCUUUUACAGAAAUUUUCUCUAUCCUGUUUUUCUUUUAGGUUGAUUAUAGAAGUUUAUCUCUCUAUUUGUCGCAUCGUUUCUCCAAUUAUCUGAUCUUUUCGUGGUGUUUUCUUCA